AUGGCGUCAACAAGCCACGGUCUCACAGUUUGGGCGAACACUUGCGUUAAAACUCCCAUUAAUCGGAAAACUAGAUUAAGUUCUUCGUUGCACGAUCAAGGCAAUUUUCCCCUAAAAUACAACGGUGCAUUAAAGAAUGGCAGAGAAGUGGCAGAUGUUGUGUCAUCUCAAGAAACUGACGUUGCAGACGAGUCAGGGCUUGAAGAAGUAGAAGACAGGAAUUCUUUUGUAACUGCAAGUAUUACUGAUAGACGUGAUAAAAUGCGCGCAACACACGAUACUGAAUUUUAUGAAAAACUUCAGCAACUAAAAGAAGAAAAUAAAAAGACAAUGGAAGCUUUUGAGAGACUUUACCAUGAUAAAAUACACGAAUGUGUGGAAACAGAAGGAUUUCAGGGAUUAGAUAGAUCCGGUGUUGAUACAAAAACUGUUCGUGGAAACCUGGAACUCAGUGUAAAAGGCAGAGGAACUCAUACUAUGACAGAAGAGUCGGUGGCUAAGAAGCCACCCACAGGGAAAUUUAGGGGAGCUACAUUGCAAACGCCUAUUCAAAGCAAAAAGCUACCUAGAAAUUCAGCACAUUGUUCCGAGCUUCAGCAUUUAAGUUCAGCUCCAACAGAAAGGAGAUCACAAAGCCUAAAUGAAGAGUACUGGCAUCAACUGUUCCUUAAAUCAAGAGAGUCUAGUGAUAAUUUUAAAAUACCCUUAGAGCACGAUCAUGCUAGUGAAUAUGAAACAGCACUUGCAAAGGUUGAUAAACUAUGGGAGGAUUUUAAGAUCUCAGAGUACUCACAGCGACGACAUUCUUUCUCUUCCUCAUAUAAUAAAAACAAAGAGAAAUCGGAAGAAAUAAAAAAAGAGUGGCGACACAGAAUUACAAUACCUAAGCCAUUUAAAAUGAGCAUCAGAGAUUCAUUAAAACCAAAGAAGAAAACACAGGCACAAGAAGAACUGGAACAACAACGAUUGGCCAAGCAGAAACAAGAAGAAGCAGAAUGUGAAAAGAAAUUCAAAGCGCAGCCUGUGCCUGCCCAUGUCUAUCUUCCAAAGUUUGAGGAAAUAAUGGAGAGAAAUGAGACAAGAAGAAAAUACAUAAAGCAGAUUUGCCAGGAGCUGCUUGAGUCUCAGGUAAAACCAUUUAAUUUUGACAUUAGAGAGAAACAGAAGAAGUCUCAAAGAGCUCAUUCAGCCCCAGUUAUCAGACCAGAUAGGGCCAGCAAUAGAUUCAAAGCCAAGCCGGUUCCGCGACAUAUAUUUAAUCAAGAUAUUGAUGACAAAUUUCUGGAAGAAGAGGAAUUACGCAAGAUUAGAGUUAAAAUGCGAGCUAAAGAACUUCUUAGGGAGUCAUCACUUCCUCCCAAUAUGGCAGCAAGAGAGAGACUUAAAGAGCAAGAAAGAAAAGAGAAAAUAAAAAAGGCAAAAUUGACAACAAAAAAGCAGCGAUCACGCAGUGCCUAUGGAAUUCCUGAUUACGAUGCACUAUAUAACGAAUUCAAAAAAGAUCUAGAAAGACGUAGAUUAAUUCAAACAGGAACUGUUGUUGAUCCUUUCAUCUUAGAAACAGAAAAAAUUCAUUCAAAUAAGGAUAAAAUUAGAAGAGAUAUUGAAGAGGAUGAGAAAAGAUUAAAAGAGAACCGCUGGCCAUUUCAAAGCUCUAGGAUGACACCUCGAAGUUCAAUGAAAUAUUUGGAAGCUGUAUCAGAUUCAAUGGAUUACAUCCCAACCCAGACUACUAGAUCUGCAGAGCUGAGAUCCUCAAGGCUUCAGAAAGAAAAGGAGCGAUCGGCAAAUCAUCAGAAGAACGAUGAGGAAGCAGAAAGAAAGAAAAGAACUAGGGAAGCAAAACUGAGACGGUAUUUGUCUGAGAAAAUCAGUAGUACUGACAUUCCUAAACCAAGAGAUUCUAUAGCAGAACGGCUGAAGAAAAUAAGACGGGAGGACAGAGAGAGACAGGCUGCAUAUGAAAGAGAGAUAGAAGAGAUGAAUGCAAAAGUAGAGCGGUCACCCCUACUUGUGGAGAAAUUUAUAGCAGGAAAUGCCAAAAGAAAAGCAGAGAAAACAUUUGCUGCAGCACUGCACAGUGCAGGACUAAAUGAUCAAGAGUUUGUCAGCGGUAGGAUUUCAAGACCUUCAAGUGAGGACCACCAAAAAAGUACUGGAGAGGAUCGUACUGCAGAUGAUCAGCAUAGUGAUUACUCAGACGACUUCCAAGGCGACAGUUUGGCCGAUCAGCGUGGGAAUGACACUUCUCCUGUAGACAGAGCUGACAGCCAGCCCAGCAAUAGUGAUCUGACUUAUACGAAAUCAGUGGAUGAUUAG